GGUUGGAGAGUGACGCUGGCUGCGCCUUGGUGCUGAGCGGAGCGCUCACCUGCACACGAGAGAGCCGGGGAAAGUCUGGCCAGAGCUGCGGCACACGCGGAGCGCGCGGCACGGAGGGACGGAACGAGCAGUCCGACCGAAGGAGGGGGAAAAAAACAAACAGACAAACAAACCACGAGGGGGAAUUAAACAGUUCUACUGGAAGAAUCUGCAGAUCGACCCUCUCUCUGGUUCCUUCAUCCAGGCAGCCUUUGGAUCGCUUUGCUCGCCACGAUGAGAACUGACUUCGCUCUGGUCCUGACAGCAGCCCUUCUUCUGGACACAUUCUGGGGGAAUAACGGGGAGCACGUUUCCAAAGGUCCCUGCCGACCCGGCUUCUCGCAAAGCUUCUACUCUGUGUUGAUUUCAAGGGAUGUAAUGCAAGGCCAGGGCAUCCUGAAAGGUUCUACAGUGUCGCCACAGAAAGUAAAGUUUGAUGACUGCAUGGGGAAAGAAGCGGUGGUUUUCCAAAGCAGCGACCCAAACUUCAGCGUGCGGACAGAUGGAUCCAUCUUCGCCCUGAGAGAGGGAGCCAGCCUGGAUGAACCGGUCCAGUUUAAACUCACAGCGAGCGGUCCACACACACAUGUCUGGGAGACAGUGGUCCAACUGGCGCUGAUUGACCUGCCGCCACCCCGGCAAAAUGAAAAUGAGGUCACAGAGGAAGAGAGCAAAGUCUCGGAGAGGAAAGUGAAGAAGGAGGCCCUCCCGGCUCCCCCCACUGUCAUCAGGUUUUCAGGAUCGCGAAUCAACGGCACGAAAGGUCUGCGGCGGCAGAAGAGGGACUGGGUGAUCCCACCAAUCAACGUGGCGGAAAAUUCUCGAGGACCGUUCCCCCAGAUGCUCGUCAGCAUUCGCUCGGACCAGGAUCAGGACAUCUCGAUCCGGUACAGCAUCACUGGGGUUGGAGCCGAUCAGCCGCCGAACGAGGUGUUCAACAUCGACCCCGUGCUCGGAAAAAUGUUUGUCACCAAACCUCUCGAUCGGGAACAUCGCUCCUCUUAUCACCUGCGAGCCCAUGCUGUGGACAUGAAUGGGAACCAGGUGGAGAACCCCAUCGAUCUCUACAUCUUCGUCAUCGACAUGAACGACAACCGGCCCGAGUUCAAGAACCAGGUCUACAACGGCUCUGUGGACGAAGGCUCCAAGCCAGGAACUUAUGUGAUGCACGUGUCGGCGUUCGACGCGGACGACAACACCACGGCUAACGGAAUGGUUCGCUACCGAAUCCUGUCCCAGACGCCGCACAGCCCCAUCCCCAACAUGUUCACCAUCAACAGCGAGACGGGGGAUAUCGUGACGGUGGCACCUGGUCUCGAUCGAGAGAAAGUGUCCCAGUACACCAUCAUCGUGCAGGCUACGGACAUGGAGGGAAACCUGAACUUUGGCCUUUCCAACACAGCCACAGCCAUCAUCACAGUCACGGACAUCAAUGACAACCCGCCCAUGCUGACCUCCAGAACUUUUUCUGGCGAGGUCCCCGAAAACCGAGUGGACCUUGUGGUGGCUAAUCUGACAGUUAUCGAUGCCGACCAGCCGCACUCGCCUAACUGGAACGCCGUCUACAGAAUAAUCAGCGGCGACCCGUCCGGGCACUUCACGAUCCGCACCGACCCCGUCACCAAUGACGGCAUGGUCACCGUGGUGAAGCCUGUAGACUUCGAGAUGAACCGGGCCUUCAUGCUGACGGUGGUGGUCUCCAAUCAGGCCCACCUCGCCAGCGGCAUCCAGUCCUCGCUGCAGUCCACAGCCGGGGUCACGAUCUCCGUCCAGGACGUUAACGAGCCUCCUUACUUCCCCACAAACCCAAAACACAUCCGCUUUGAGGAGGGAGUCCCAGCCGGCACCAGCCUGACGACCUUCUCCGCCUCGGAUCCCGACCGACUCCAGAUGCAGCAGAUAAUCAGGUACUCCAAGCUGAACGACCCCGCCGACUGGUUGUCCAUCAACAGAACCAACGGUCAGAUCGUAACGACGGCGAUGCUGGACCGGGAGUCCGUCUACGUGAAGAACAACAUAUAUGAAGCCACAUUUCUGGCCACGGAUAACGGCUCUCCUGCAGCCAGCGGCACGGGCACGCUGCAGAUCUAUCUGAUAGAUAUUAAUGACAACCCGCCGGCGCUCAUACCCAAGGAGUCUCAGAUCUGUGAACGGAUGAACAAGAACGUCAACGGCGUCAACAUCACCGCCGCCGACGCCGACACCGACCCCAACGCCGGGCCCUUCGUCUUCGAGCUGCCGAACUUCCCCACCAGCAUCCGCCGCAACUGGACCAUCUCCCGGAUCAGUGGCGAUUACGCCCGUCUGGGUCUGCGGUACCAGAUCUAUUUGGAGCCGGGGGUUUAUGAGGUGCCGGUGACCGUGUCGGACUCGGGCAACCCUCCGCUGUCCAACAGGUCCAUCAUCAAAGUGAAGGUCUGCCCCUGCGACGAAAACGGAGACUGCACCACACUCGGGGCGGUGGCGGCCGCGGGACUCGGCACCGGAGCGAUUAUCUCCAUCCUCAUCUGCAUCAUCAUACUGCUCAGCAUGGUGUUGCUGUUCGUGGUGUGGAUCAAGCGCAGAGAAAAAGAGAGGCAGACAAAGCAGCUGCUCAUCGACCCAGAAGACGAUGUCAGAGACAACAUCCUCAAAUAUGACGAAGAGGGCGGAGGAGAGGAGGACCAAGACUACGAUCUGAGCCAGCUGCAGCAGCCCGACUCCCUGGAGCACAUCAUCAGCAAGCCGCCCGGCGUCCGCAGGGUCGACGAGCGCCCCAUCAUCCCCGAGUCCCAGUACCCCAUCAGACCCGUGGUGCCCCACCCCGGCGACAUCGGGGACUUCAUCCACGAGGGUUUGCGAGCAGCAGACAACGACCCCACGGCGCCGCCCUACGACUCCCUCCUGGUGUUUGACUACGAGGGCAGCGGCUCCACCGCCGGCUCCGUCAGCUCGCUCAACUCCUCCAGCACGGGGGACCAGGACUAUGACUACCUCAACGACUGGGGCCCCCGCUUCAAGAAGCUGGCCGACAUGUACGGAGGAGGGGACGAGGACUGAAGACGCCGUCCCGUCUCAAACGCGCACACACACACACACACACACACAUACACACACGCGCGCACACUCUCCCUCGUCCCGUCAGCUGGCCUGCCAUGCUCCGCCCCAACCCCCCCAGCGUCGCACGGGGGGCUUUCCCGCCCGUACUGAACACAGUUAUCUAAAGACACGUUCACUCCGACCAACUGACCGACCGACCGACCGACCAAUCGAAUUCCCCGCCGCAGAGGAGCAGCGCCGAGUCGGCUUCAGG